AGACGGCGAUAAAGACGCCAGACAAGAGCCGCGGGGCUGAGUGAGAGAGUGAGAGAGGGAGAGAGAGAUAGGUGUAUAAAGAUGUAAAUAAGAAGAAUCAGAAGAGUGGAUAGGUUUGAAUGAUGAAUGGAGAAAAUAAUACAUUUGAAGAAAGAAGUAGGAGGGAGAAACGGGCCCUGGAGAACCUCUGAAGGAAGGAAUUAUCAACUACACUGCAAGUAAUUAUUUGAGAAGAAACAUGAUGGUGGUGAGAGGCCACACAAUGCGUAUCUAAGUGAAAGGAUUACAGAAUUAGUUUGUAAUUGACAAUGCAUGAAGCACCAUAGGAUGGGAAUGGAAAGUGCUUGUGACUGAAUCCUGGAGAAGAUAAUAACUACGUUUUUAAAAAGACGUUGGUGGGGACGGUUCCUUACUCUGCUGUGACUUUCAGAUUCACAAUGGCAAAAUUUUUGUGGCUUGGCGGCUAAUAUUUUGCUAACAUAUUUAUCAGUUUGGAACUUCAACUUCUGUUUGCACAACUGCUCCUGGAGAUUGUUUGCAGAUGAAAUGCACUGCAGUUAGAAAUGGACUGUCAAGACCUGCAAUGGAAGUGUCCUGGCUGUUUCCUGUUCAGUUUUGUCCAGUGAGGAUAGGUUGAAGUUGGAAUUGCAAGCAUUGCUUGGAAAACAGUAUGCAGGAAGCUGGUUUUCAAGCCACAAAUGCUUUAAAAGAGUGCAAAUUCCACUGCACCAAUGACAGAUGUUUGAAAUUUGGAAACUUGAUUUGCAACCAACUAAAUGAUUGUGGAGAUAACAGUGAUGAAGAAAACUGCCCGCUAGUAACCGAGCAUCCACCUCCAACAAUCUUUAACUCUGAACAAGAAUUUGUCAAGAUAAUCAUCGUUGUUGUGGUAAUGACAGUGAUGGUCGUUGUGAUCAUUUGCUUGCUGAACCACUACAAACUUUUAACGCGGUCUUUUGUAAACCGACAAAGUCAAGGCAGGCGGCAAGAGGAAGCUUUGCAGCCAGAAGGGUACCUGUGCCCAUCAGAUAGCACAGUUUCUCGUCACGGUGCUUCAGAGUUGAUGUAUACUCCAAGAUCAAGAGACAGAUUUACAACCCCAUCGUUCAUGCAGAGGGAACGCUUUAGCCGCUUUCAACCCACGUACCCCUACAUGCAACAUGAGAUUGAUCUUCCUCCCACCAUUUCACUGUCAGAUGGAGAGGAACCUCCUCCAUAUCAGGGGUUGUGCACAUUGCAACUUCGAGAUCCAGAACAACAAUUGGAACUCAAUCGCGAAUCUGUCAGGGCUCCACCUAAUAGAACCAUCUUUGAUAGUGACUUGAUCGAUGUCUCUAUGUAUAAUGGAGGACCACGCCCACCAAGCAGCAAUUCAGGCAUAAGUGCAACAAAUUAUAGCAGUAAUGGAAGGAUGGAAGGACCACCACCCACUUACAGUGAGGUCAUGGGUCACUACCCAGGGUCAGCUUUUUUCCAUCACCAGCACAGCACGCAUCCUUCAACACAUGGGGGCAGUGGACACCAUUUUCAGCAGAAUAGUGAAGACAGUACAAUUGUCCCAUUCAGAGGGAAGGACUUGAAUACAGGAAAAAUUGUUUGACUGCCUCUGUGGAUGCAUGAACUGAAACAGUUGUGGCACCAUUGGGCUGCACUCCUGUGGCACAAUAUGUUAUUCAGUGGGAACUGCUACAGUUAGUAAAACCAAACAAAAAGUUGUUAGUUUUCUUUAAGGGAGUGCAUGAUAUGUUGAUUCUAACAGUAUAACUUCCACUUUGGCAAACUAGCAGCUUUUGGCAAACAGUUUUUUAUCUGGAUUAUUUAAUUUUAAAGAUCCUUAACACAGAAUUUCUGCUGUUGGCUUGUAGAUAUUUUGUAGUAACUGAAUUGCCCGAGAUGGAUGCUUAAGGUGUUUAAUGAUAACUGUACAUUUUUUGGCCAGUUUUGUGAUAUUUUCAAACAAAAAAUUGAAAUUCCUUUUGAGUGCCAAGACAAAAAGGUGGAAGAAAAAUGCAAUGAUUUAACUUGUUUGUGAAAAAUUGAAAUGUUGCACUAUUUUCUUGUUUGAAAAAAAGGGGAAUUGCUUUAGGGGAAAACUUAAACUAUCUGUUGUCUUCACACAUGGAACUGAGUAGAAUUUCUAAGGAUGCAGGGGACUAGUUAGUGUUUUCAGCAUAUGGAGGUUAUUUUUGAAAGAUUUCUGGUUCCAGCCUAAUGCCUAUUUACACAGGAAAUGGAAAAUACAGGGACACAAACUGUUAACUGUCAUUGCAAUAACUAUUAGGAACAUCAAUAUGAUGGGAAUUUCCACCUUGAAGUCUACUAGAUGGCAGGUGGUUUAAAGCUCAAUUACUCCAAGUCUGCAAUUUAGAAUAAAUGCAUAAUUUUGACUACUCAAAGAUAUCAGCCUUUUUGCACAUGCUUAACCUUGGUCUCAUGAAAUUAGUUUAAUGAUGUUAUGUAAAGUGGAGUGUGGAAGGUAUCACAAUAAGAUCUUCAUUGGAGUACUCUCACAUAACAAUUUCAACAUUUGCAAAUGUGCAGUAAAUGUUCAGUUCAUUGUACUGUCUGCGGGGAGAAAAAACAGAUCUAUUGUUAUAGUUUUUUUUCUCUUAAAAUGCUCGCACCUUAGAAAAGUUUUUCUAGACAAGUUGUAGCUAUUUACUGCCUGUUGCUUUUGGACAUUUUCAAACACUUACCCAACACAUUCUGACCAGAAGCUGAAGUUCAGCAUGUGCAAGAUAUUUCAACAAAAGCAAGUCUUUCCAUGUGAAUUGUGACUAUACUGUUUUCAGUCUGUUCAUUUGAUUGUUUCUGUGUCUACCUGUAGAAAUUAGAAUGAAAUAUUGCCAGAGACACACAUACAGGCACUGAGAGUUUCCCAGGAGUGACAAAUACAGUCUGUGCUGACUGCAUUCCUUAUUACAAACCAUUAAAUUGUGUUUCAUUCCUCACAUUUUCGAACGACCUUUUCGAAGUGAUCUGUAAACUGAAUACUUGAAAAUAUAUUGACUUUUUGUCAAUUUUCCUUAGUCCUCAGCAGUUGUAGCUAAAAAUGCAAAACAGCUGUGGUUUACCAAAUUUCUGCAUUAUUUUUCACCUCUUGUUUUUUUGCCUUUGUGCACUUUUACAGCCUGUGGAAAACAUACAAUGUAACUUUUCACAUCAAAACGUUUUCUGAAAAUUGAAAAAAUCAUGCAACUGAGCCACAAGAUAUAAUGUUUAGCAGUAAGCAAUAUGUAUUCAAUAAGUAAUGCUUAUAUAUUUCACUGCUUAAUGGCUUCAGAUACAUCUGAUAGAUGUCAUUGCAGUCAGAGUUGGAAAAUAUAAAUCUUGAGUUGCAUAGUGGUAAAAAUGAGCACUGUUUGAAUAAUACUUCAGUAUUUUUUCCAUGUUUCAUUGUUGCUAAUAAAAAUGGGCAUGGGCAGAAAUAAUUAGUAGGUAGUAUUCAAAAAACUGUAAAAGUCAUGUUGUUCCUUUAUUAUAACUUACAACUCAACUUACAAGUUCAGUCAGUAUAUAUGUUUUCAGCCAUAUGGUGCAGCCAUCUUAGAUGGUAACUCACAGGUAGCAAAGUUACUUUGUUUAUUUUCUUAAUUAAGUGGAGUUUCACUCUAAUAAACAUUGUUUUGUUCAUAUCACAUGAUUGUAAAAUGUUUACCUUCCCUUUCCCAGCUCCACACCCUCCUUUUACUCCCAUGCAGGAGCUGUAAUGUGAAGAUUUAGAGUUCUCCCCACACAAUACAGUGUCAUGCUUUGAAACAAGCCUUUGUGAACACAAAUAUGUCACUACUAAUGACAGACGUUGCGCAGUGAACACAAUCACAAUGGGCUAAACAUACAUUUGACAUAUAGUUGCCAUGGUAUAUCCAAUCUCUUAUCGUUUUUAUCAGAAAAUUCCCUUUAUAAUUAACAAACAGGGGAAGUACACACAACCUAAAUGUUAGUGUUUCUUCAAUCAAUAGAAGAGCAUAAUUAAUUUGAUAAUCAUGAUAACUGAACAGCAAACCAUCCAGCCAACUUGUCCACUGUUUCCUAGCUUGCCCUUUUCUGUCCUUUUUAAUGUUUAUACCAGAUACUGUUGGUUAAUAAUGUAUCUUCUUCAAAGAGCACAUUCUUCAUAGACUAAUGUGAACAUUUAUAAUUCACCAAUCACACGCUAAGUAAGAGAAGUUGACAGACAAAUUUUACAAUGUUUAGAUUAGCUUUAGGUCUGUUUUCUCAAGGGCUAUGAAGGAUCCUUUUAGAAUCUUGCCUCCUACUUUAGCCUUUUCUCAUUAUGUAUAGCCUCAAGUUAGGAAUGGCCUGGGGUAGGAACUUAGAUGAGAUGUACCUUUUUAGACAUGCUAGAAUAAAAUAAAUACCUUAACACUUAAUGCAUCUUCGCUAUUGCAGAUGUAUUUUUUCAACACCAGGCAAUAUUGCACUUUUGCUAUUUUUUUAAGACUAAUUUUUUCAUAAAUAACUUUUCUUCAUGCAUUUCAGUAUCCUGUAUGACUCUUGAAUGAAAGAUAAACAAAUCUUAGUCACCAUUUAUUUGAUUCUGAAGCGUUCCUUUUUUUGUAUCAUAAGGUGUUUGAUUUCUGAAGACUGCCAGAGUUAACUUGUUCAGUGGUGUUGCUGUUGCUGCUACUGCUGCUUCUAAUGCUGCUAUUGCUUUAAAUAAUUUGUAUGUCAGCUUAUAAUAAUCAUGUGAUAUAUCAUAAGACACUUGGUGUGUGAAGAAGCCUCUUUAUGCUUUCUAUGUUGGCUUGAUCUGUAAGCUGUGGUAGAAACUGAUCUAUAUAUAUUUUUGAAGAGGCUUGCAUGUUAUUAGUAUGUGAGCAGAUAAGGUGCCUCAUUUUCAGGUUUGAGCAGAUAUAGGAAUCCCCUUGCACUCUUGAGCUCCCACCUUUGUUGUGCCUCACUUAAAUAUGGUGCUUCUUUUGUUGUCUGUCUCUUAUGUUUAUUUGUAAGGUGCUGUAUAUAACUUGAAUAUAUUAUGCACAUAUCCUGCCCAAUGGGUAGUAAAAAGACAUUGUUAAUAAUGUAUGAUAAUGUAUAAAUGACAUAAAUUUUAACACAAUGGCAUAGAAUUUAUGAAUGCCUACCAUGUGCUUUGUCCUUUUUGUAAACAAAAGUUCGCAAAGUAAUACAUAAAGAAAAAAAUCUAUGUACUUUAUUUUCCUAAAAAUUAUUAUCCUGUAAUGCUGAAGAAAGAAGCUGACAUUACUGAACUUGACUAUUGCCUCUUCAGUUGGGGAGGUAGUCGGUCAGUUUGUAUGUAACAGAAUUCUCACUUGUAAAUGGAACUUUGCAGUGAAGAAGAUUUUGCUAAGUCACUGUUAAAAAUGCAACAGAAUAUUCACAAUUUCUUUUGUCUGUCAUUCAGUUGUCACUCAUUUGGACCAGUAUUAGUUUAAAGGAAGACAGACUUACCUUCAUAGUCUUUUUUAAAAUUAGUUUAAUUCUUUGAACAUGUAUCUUAGGAAAAAUUAAGAGCCUGCAGAUUAUUUUAAAUAAUAAAACCACAUUUAGGAAAAAAGUAACUUGUCUAAACUAUUUAAAAAAUAUUAAAAAUAAUUGGAAUUAGAUAAAUUCUGAAAGCAACUUCAACAUUAUUAAUCAGGUCCUCUGCUUUCUGACUUUUCUUUUGAAGAAAACUAUAUACUACAAUGCCUUUAUUCUGAGAGAUUCAGUUGCUGAAUCAGGCCUGUGGGUUUCACUCCCAAACCUCCCACCAUCCCCAACACUGGCAUGUUAGAAUCUAGAGCAAAUGGUUCACAGCUGCACAGCACAGCCACAAUGAUAUCCUCCAGAGCUACACCGGCAUCUUGACUCUAGCUCAAAUAGCAAUGUGAUCACAAUUGUGAAUUUAAAAGUUAAAUGAAUCAUUUGUAUUUGGUUUUGGCUACGAUUUGGCAUACAAAAUUGGCCAAUCUCAGUGAUCGGGUGGGGGAAUAAAUUAUGACUCCUCCUGACCCAUAACUGACCUUAAGAACACUGACCUAUCCAAAGGAGUGACACGGUUAGAAAUUUUAGUAAUUCACAACUCUGCCACAUACAUUUAAAGCAAAUGGUAGUGGAAGCACAUACGAUGUAAAAGUUAAUGAAACCUCCUCAAAUAUAAGAAUUUUUAUUGCUACAGUUAAGUAAUUUAUAAUAAUUUACACUAGAAUCCUUGCCAAUUCCAUUAAUGAUAACAUGAAUAAAAUCAUAAGCUUACCUGGUGUAAUAAUGAACUGCAAAUACAGUUGGUUCUCUCAGAUCUGUUAGUAUUUUUUAAUUGAUAGUUAUCAUUAUGGUUCCUUGUAGACAAAUACAUUUUCAUAUAGAGGACUUUUUAUUUUACAUAGCAAUGCUGCAUGGAUCAGAAUAUACAACACAGAUGCCAGCUUUCUAGUUGUUAGGUUUUGCUGGGCUUUAUUCAUGCUUUGGUGUGUCAGCUACAGAACAUUUCAAUGUAGCUUUCAAACCAUUAUACGACCAUACUUUGUUACCAAAACAAAUUAUUGUGUACAGAAAUAGUUGAAUGUUCCUUGCGUUUAGAGUUCUGUUAUCACAAGGUAAUGCUGGCAGAAAUAUUAACUGUACAAUGUAAUUUUGUACAAUUAAUAGAAAUUGAUGUGACCUAUAAUGGCAAAAUUUGCUUUUAUGGAUUUUUUAACAGUAUUUGCUUAUUUCCAUUAUGUUAUCAAAAAAAAUUGAAACUUGUGUAUUUGCCUCUAUUAAUUAAGCAAUGGUGAUGUAAUAGUUUAUAGACCUAAGGUCUGGUAUUUGCAAUACUUUACAGAAGAUGUUGCUAAGUGCUGUUGUAGUCAAAAAUAUUUUAUGCUUGUAAUUAGCUGUGGUCAGACCAUAGCAAAAAUCAUUAAAAAAUACUGAAAGAAA